GCACUUGAACUUGGAAUCUUAUAACUUGAAGAACUGCCCUGGAGAAAAGAAGAAACUUAUAAUAAAUGGGAAAUUAUAAAUCUAGACCAACCCAAACUUGUACUGAUGAAUGGAAGAAAAAAGUCAGUGAAUCAUACGUUAUCACAAUAGAAAGAUUAGAAGAUGACCUGCAGAUCAAGGAAAAAGAACUGACAGAACUAAGGCAUAUAUUUAGCUCUGAUGAAGCCUUCAGUAAAGUCAAUUUAAAUUACCGCACUGAAAAUGGGCUGUCUCUACUUCAUUUAUGUUGCAUUUGUGGAGGCAACAAAUCACAUAUUCGAACUCUUAUGUUAAAAGGGCUCCGCCCAUCUCGACUGUCAAGAAAUGGAUUUACAGCCUUGCAUUUGGCAGUUUACAAGGAUAAUACAGAAUUGAUCACUUCUCUGCUUCACAGUGGAGCUGAUAUACAGCAGGUUGGAUAUGGUGGCCUCACUGCCCUCCAUAUUGCUACAAUAGCUGGCCACCCAGAGGCUGCUGAUGUGCUGUUGCAACAUGGAGCUAAUGUCAAUAUUCAAGAUGCAGUUUUUUUCACUCCAUUGCACAUUGCAGCCUACUAUGGGCAUGAACAGGUAACUCGCCUUCUUUUGAAAUUUGGUGCUGAUGUAAAUGUAAGUGGUGAAGUUGGAGAUAGACCCCUCCACCUAGCAUCCGCAAAAGGAUUCUUGAAUAUUGCAAAACUCUUGAUGGAAGAAGGCAGCAAAGCAGAUGUGAAUGCUCAAGAUAAUGAAGACCAUGUCCCGCUCCAUUUCUGUUCUCGAUUUGGACACCAUGAUAUAGUUAAGUAUCUGCUGCAAAGUGAUUUGGAAGUUCAACCUCAUGCUGUUAAUAUCUAUGGAGAUACCCCCUUGCACCUGGCAUGCUACAAUGGCAAAUUUGAAGUUGCCAAGGAAAUCAUCCAAGUAUCAGGAACAGAAAGUCUGACUAAGGAAAACAUCUUCAGUGAAACUGCUUUUCAUAGUGCUUGUACCUAUGGCAAGAGAAUUGACCUAGUCAAAUUUCUUCUUGAUCAGAACGUCAUAAACAUCAACCACCAAGGAAGGGAUGGGCACACUGGAUUACACUCUGCUUGCUACCACGGUCACAUUCGCCUGGUUCAGUUCUUACUGGAUAAUGGAGCUGAUAUGAAUCUAGUGGCUUGUGAUCCCAGCAGGUCUAGUGGUGAAAAAGAUGAGCAGACAUGUUUGAUGUGGGCUUAUGAAAAAGGGAAUGAUGCCAUUGUCACACUCCUGAAGCAUUAUAAGAGACCUCAAGAUGAAUUGCUCUGUAAUGAAUAUUCUCAGCCUGGAGGAGAUGGCUCCUAUGUGUCUGUUCCAUCCCCCUUGGGGAAGAUUAAAAGCAUGACAAAAGAGAAGGCAGAUAUUCUCCUCCUAAGAGCAGGAUUGCCUUCACAUUUCCAUCUUCAGCUCUCAGAAAUUGAGUUCCAUGAGAUUAUCGGCUCAGGUUCUUUUGGAAAAGUAUAUAAAGGACGAUGCAGAAAUAAAAUAGUGGCUAUAAAACGUUAUCGAGCCAAUACCUACUGCUCCAAGUCAGAUGUGGAUAUGUUUUGCCGAGAGGUGUCCAUUCUCUGCCAGCUCAAUCAUCCCUGUGUAAUUCAGUUUGUGGGCGCUUGCUUGAAUGAUCCCAGCCAGUUUGCCAUUGUCACUCAAUACAUAUCAGGGGGUUCUCUGUUCUCCCUCCUUCAUGAGCAGAAAAGGAUUCUUGAUUUGCAGUCUAAAUUAAUUAUUGCAGUAGAUGUUGCCAAAGGCAUGGAGUACCUUCACAACCUGACACAGCCAAUUAUACAUCGUGACUUGAACAGUCACAAUAUUCUUCUCUAUGAGGACGGGCAUGCUGUGGUGGCAGAUUUUGGAGAAUCAAGAUUUCUACAGUCUCUGGACGAAGACAACAUGACAAAACAACCUGGGAACCUCCGUUGGAUGGCUCCUGAGGUGUUCACGCAGUGCACUCGGUACACCAUCAAAGCAGAUGUCUUCAGCUACGCUCUGUGUCUGUGGGAAAUUCUCACUGGCGAAAUUCCAUUCGCUCAUCUCAAGCCAGCGGCUGCGGCAGCAGACAUGGCUUACCACCACAUCAGACCUCCCAUUGGCUAUUCCAUUCCCAAGCCUGUAUCAUCUCUGCUGAUACGAGGGUGGAACGCAUGUCCUGAAGGAAGACCCGAGUUUUCUGAAGUUGUCACGAAGUUAGAAGAGUGUCUCUGCAACAUUGAGCUGAUGUCUCCUGCAUCAAGUAACAGCAGUGGCUCUCUCUCACCUUCUUCUUCUUCUGAUUGCCUGGUGAGCCGGGGAGGACCUGGCCGGAGUCAUGUGGCAGCUUUAAGAAGUCGUUUCGAAUUGGAAUAUGCUCUAAAUGCAAGAUCCUAUGCUGCUUUGUCCCAAAGUGCUGGACAAUAUUCCUCUCAAGGUCUGUCUUUGGAGGAGAUGAAAAGAAGUCUUCAAUACUCACCCAUUGACAAAUAUGGCUAUGUAUCCGAUCCCAUGAGCCCUAUGCAUUUUCAUUUUUGCCGAAAUAGUAGCAGCUUUGAGGACAGCAGCUGACAGCAUUCGGCAUAUACCUAAGGAGAGUUUUUUCCCCGAACUGACAGCAACGAUUCCAACCACGGCAAGCUGGCUUCCAACUAUAACAUUUUAUUCUCAAAGGUCUCCUUAUAUUGGAAUGGUAUUUACUGGUCCUAUUUAAUUCCCCACUAUUAGCAGGCUUUGGAUUUGUGCCUAAGGAAUAAUACGCAAAAGAACCAAGACAGAAUGUAUAUGAAGAAUUGUUUUUAAUUUUGUAAAUUAAAAAAAAAAUUAGAUCAUUACUUGGAGAUGGAGCCUAAGUCUGUGGUGGACAGAUAAUAAUUAUGUUUUCCAGGACUGAAUUAUGUAGACUUGUGUUUGACAGCUAUGGGUUUGAUUUCUUAGAACAUUGUUCAUUUUCUUUACUCAUUAUGUUACUUCUAGUGUUCACCUCUGUGAUUAAAGAUUCUUUGGUGAAAUAGAA